AUGGAACAUUCUACCGGCCUUAAGCCGCGGCCGCUCGAGAUGAAGGUUCUCGCGCUGGGCUUGCCACGGUCCGGCACUCUUUCAAUGGCGAAUGCGCUCUCCAUCCUAGGCUACCAGAACGUCCACCAUACAUUAACGGACGAAGACGGCGGCGAAGCGGCAUGGCUUGUAUUUAAUCGCGCCGCUGAUGCCACCUUUCCAGAUCUGCCGACAUACCAUGGUCGGACCUUCAGCCGGGAACAGUGGGAUGAAGUGUAUGGCAACCGCGAAGCUGUCACCGAGGCGGCCGCCAUGUUUGGGCCUCAGCUUGUCGAGGUGUAUCCCGAUGCCAAAGUGGUCUUGGUCAAGCGGGAUUUUGAUCGAUGGUUCACGAGCAUGGAUAGGGUUGUGUUAAAGGGGCUCUGGAACCCGAUGUCAGAUCUCUUCUGUGGGGUCAUACAACCAAUUUUAGGUCGCUCGAGUGCUUCAGCUAUGAGGAGGGUAUUGCUUGGCUUCUUUCAAGCGAGAGAUGUCGAAGGUGCCCGGAGGAAUGCGCGCGACGUUUACGAUAGGUACUACAGAAAGAUCGAAGGGCUUGUACCGCCAGGCCAACUACUUCAUUACCGGAUGGGCGAGGGAUGGGGGCCACUGUGCGAGUUCCUUGGAAAGCCGGUGCCGGAUGUGGAAUUUCCAUGGGUCAAUGAAGAGGCCGAAUUAAAGAAGAAACAUAAUGCCAUGCUUCUUUCACACAUCGUGGCCCUCGGCGGUGUACUUGGCCGCUGGGCCUUGGGUUUAGGGGCCGUAGGUUUUGCUUGUUGGACAUUGGCAAGGAACGCUGGAAUGUUGAACCUGUAA